AUGCCUAGCACAAGGAGGCCGCUACUGGUACCUACUGUCACUUCUACAAUGGAAUCCACUGGCAUGGUGCUUGGAGCGUUGGCUGCUGAUACAGCAGAGGAGGAUGAAGACAGCGGCUGCCUCAGAGAAUUAUGGGGACUAGCGGUAACAACACCUGUAACUUUGUUCGAGAUAAGUGUAGAAUCGAGUGGUGGAGUAGUACUCGACAAGAUGGAUGUGUCGUCCUCGUCUGGAGUUCUAAAGCUACUCUCAGUGUCAGCCGCAGGCAGGAGACGGGGCUCAACUCACGUACUGGCCGGCCGGCUCUCCAUCAAGGGUGAAACUGAGGUUCAUUCUCGUCUCGACGACAGCGUGUUCAUUCCACCAGAUGAGAUUUUCUUGAUGCAGAACAUCUUACAUAAUGGGGUCCGAUCUCCCCUUCUUCAGUACGACUGGGCAGACCGUUGCUUUGUCACCACUGCAAGAAGGACUCCCAUCUAUCCCCGAGGCGGCACCUGGGUUCGUGCAGAAGGAUCCAACCCGCAGAUCGUCGCCCAUCAACAGCUCGUCAGCUAUUACCAGAGACACCCACCCGCUCACCCAGAAGACGUAUUCACCAUCCUACGGAUCGACGUCGAACCUACACAAACAGCAGAAAGUGUGCAGUCACCCAUCAAUGAACAACCACUCGAACUCCCUGAAGUUCAGUACGUCCCCAUCGAGAUCCUAGACAUCGAACUACCACCAGCUCCACCCGCACCAACCAACACACCGGUUAAAGUCCCUAUGGCAACAUUCACUCAAGAAGACAUCGAUCAGCGCAUCACUGUCGCUCUCGCAGCAUACCAAUCCCAACAGUCAACUGCCAACCGACCCCUUCGCCUUGACAUCCCCGCUCCCGAACCCUUCAGCGGAAAGGCAGAGGACCUCAGACGCUUCGUCCAAUGCAUCCUCUCCUACUUCGUCGCCACCAACAACACCCGACUCAGCGAUGAAGCAAAGAUUGCCUUCACUGUAGCGCUGAUGAGGAAGGAUCUGGGGAAAACAUGGGCGGAUGCGUACUACAAGAAGUCGACAGGAGGAGUCCAGGUCUAUUCCACUUGGGCAGACUUCGUCACCGCCCUGGAAGAGGCGUUCCCUGAGCACAGAAUGCGAAUCAAGGCACAUCAAAUCCUGAUGAAACUGCCUGAACGACAGAAGGAUAGGAAGUCGGCGCUCUCCCUCGGUAACUACGUCACCCGCUUCAAGCAGCUAGCAUCAAAGGCUCAGCUCAAGGACGCCGAGGUCAAUGGCACCAACCGUGUCGAGAACGACUACCACACUCUCCAUGCCAACUUCGUCAAAGGACUCCCGAAGGAGCUGUAUUUUGCGCUCGCAACAAGGGUCACUAGGGAUCGACCCAACACCAUGAAGGCCUGGUACGACGAAGUAUGA